AUGGCGUCCGGCCCGCCGUCAUCGGCAUCCCUGAUGCUUGACUACAUUCCUACUUGCAGUGCAGCGGGGGAGUGUGAGAUGCAAAGCAAAAUGCCCAACGUUGCUGUUCGCCCAGGCCCAGUUCGUGAGAAGUGUCAAAUAGACUGAAAGUAGUAAGCUCGUCAUCUCAACAUGUCAUGCUAGUCACCGGUAUUCUAGCUCCGCGACCCUGCGCAGCGGAUCAAGUGUUCUGAAGUGCGUAUAAGAGGAUUCGAUCUGCGCCCUCGUCUCCCACGUGUGCACAACGGGUCUGUUUCGAUCGACGAGUUGUGAUUUGUUAGCCGUUCACGAGCACGCCGCAUUCAUCAACGCCGCCGACCGUUCGGUUGUCGGUGCCACCACGUGCAUCUUGUUCCAUCACGUCAACAGUUCGUGCAGGG